AUGUCUUUUGCGUUGUUAAGAAGAGCGUUUACUUGGAAGAAAAGUAUUGACGAACAUCAGUUAGAUGAUUUUCUUAAGUGGUUUCACACAGAAGGAAUUAAUAACCCUGGCUUUAUUUCGAAAUUAUUUCGCAAAUACGCCCUACGACUAAUAGUAAUCAAGAAACCCAAUGAUGCCAUAAUCUUUGACUCAUCUUCGGGUAGAGAUUCUCGGUGGAUGCCAAGUUUUGGUACGGAAAAUAGAACUUCAACACUCGCAGACAUUGCUUUUGGUUCAUUCUCCUUAACGCCUCCAGCUAAUUUGAAAUCGACUGUCAAGUUACACGAUCUCAAAUCAAGCCGCCAGUUAAUAUUGACAUGUGUUCAUUAUCCUACACCUAAACGGGUUCGUACAUCAAACUCUGCAUGUUAUGUGCGAAAGCAGUCUGAAAUAACAUCCAGUGAUUUCUGGUCAAAUAGCUCUUUAAAGCAUUGUUCCGACGCCGCAAUAGCUGUCUGCGCCCUUGUGAAUAUUGAUUGGGCUCAUUCACUUGUUAAACCUGCUUUCAACUCAACCACCUUCGCUACCAAAGCAACUCUACCCGAUGAGCUAUCCCACAGAUUCUACAUGCUCUUUUUUGAGCACUUUCUUCAGAUUAGUGUAUCUUUUCAAACCCUUUCUGAAGUUAUAAGGCGGGCACUUACGACAACAAAUAUCCUCCAGGGGCCCAAUGAUGGAAUUAAUGAGACUAUUAAUCGUGCAUUUAUGAACUUUCAACGUACUUUCAGAGAUCUUUGCAUUCCUAGACUCUCACGCCCUGUUUGGUCUAGUCUUUCCCUCGCCUACGUUGCCCAGUCAAACUCUCCCACUGGAUUAAAACUUCUGCCUGAUAACUCUUAUCAAAAAUAUCCCCUCAAUAUCACUUCUUUCCCAGGGCAAUAUGAACAGUUAUCUAAUUCAUUUGUUAAAGGAUGUCUGUGCUCCCUCAUUUCUAAAAGCAUGUCCAAAGAUCGUGCCCCAUUCCUAGCACAGCUGGUAACUGGUAUCUUGAUGCAACACCGGGGAUGGAUAUCAACGGUCUUACCAAAGUCUCAAAAUUUCUCUGCGAAUAUGUGUUCUCACGAAUCCUUGAGUGAAGGGAAUAUCUAUGAUUCGCCAUAUGGUAGUGGAGUGGAUAACACACUGUUGUUUCAACAACUUGUACAGUCUGGUUGCGACAUGAGUCGUCACACCUGUACCCAAAACUCCAUCCUGAAUGUAUGUGGUACUGCCCUGGCAACCACAGUCAUCUAUGACAACGCAAGUGGAAGUGGUCUUCAGAGUCAACAACACAGAGACCGCCUAUUAGCUCUUCUUUAUCUCAGUUCCUACUUCCUUAGAUCCCCAAAUCUCCUCUUACAGUCUAUUGAGGAUGUUCCAGAGAUGGCCAUGUCUGACAUGUAUGAAUUGGAACAGCGUAAACGGCAGUCACUCCAGCGGUGUCGUGGUAGUAGCGGUGGUCGGCGGAAGUCCAGUAGUCAAUUAAGUGCCUCUCUUUUGCUUGGCCAACGUGGUGGGGUUGUGGAUAUCUAUGAUUCGGGCAUUGCCUCACAGGAAGACCUCAGUGCAGCAAUGCUGCAUACUCUUCAACAAUACUCUGCCAGUGCGGGUUCAAGUCCCAGCCAUCCACCUGUGGGGGCAUCAUCCAUCUGCCUUCCUGGGCGACUCACCAAUGAGCAAUGUCGACUGGCCGAAGUGGCCGCACAGGCUCUCGUCUCACGGGAAUUUGCGGCCGCUGCUGCGGCUAUUGCUAACAAACAGCCAACUCAACAAAGCCAGAACCCACAGCAACAAUACAAUAAUCUCUCGUCUAAUUCAUCCUCCAUGUUCUCUGAGUCCGCCUCAACCACUUCCAAGCACUAUCGUGAACACACAUGGACAACGGGAAUGGCGGGGAGGAAUCGUAAGGUAAUCAACAGUCUCCUCAAUCCCUCCGCAUCUUCUUCUGUCAGUGGUGGUGGCGGUGAAAUGGUACCACCCUCUUCUGGAAGCAAUUCUCUCUACUCCCCUCUCACCCCUAGUCUUUCAACUGGUGUUCCUUGCUUCAGUGCCUCCCUAUCCUCGCCCUCUAGUGACCCCAAUGAUCUUACUGAAAUCCCUCUUCUUAUUGAGCGGACAUAUCUCGAUCGCUGGGACAAUUGUUGGUGCCUUGGGGAGGGCAUCGGUGGAGCCGUGCUGGAAAAUCAUUAUUGCAGUAAUAGGAAAACUUCUUCAGAUCCUACCAAUACCAAAGUUGAUCUUCCUUCUCCAGUGCCUGUUCGCUACGGCUCCUCCGUUGAACGCUACUCCUCCUUCGACAAAGAUGAAAGUGUGGAAGUUGGUACAGCCUGUAACACCGACAUGGAGUCUUUAGACGAUGGAACACCGAGUAGUCUUGGAGGUGGAACUGUUAACGACUGCUCAGAGCUUACUCUUCAUCCUCCUAUUGGUGCCUCGGUAUUUGAGCACUAUACAAGUGGACUUGCUCUCCAGGCGAUUACAGAAUCGCCCGCAUCAUUCCGACCAAGACUUGUUGAUGAUCUCACGUCGUGGUUGCGAUUUGCUCCUGCACUGCAUCGGCGUGGAAUCAGGCCUCCUCCUUCUCUUAGGGCGAGUUCGAGAAUGAGGGCUUCGGUGCAUACCGUUCAACAACAGAAUCCGAGGAACUCGUAUCGAUGUUCGGCUCUCUUGGUAAAUGCAGAUACAGGAUCUGUUGAAGUAAGUUAUUUAAAGAGUUCAAUAAUUAUAAGCAAUUUAACGAAUCGAACUAUUCCAUUGUCAUUCGAGCCCCUUUUUGUUAUGCCUUCAGAGUUAGAAAGCAAUCUUCUAACGUUGCGAAACAAAGAAGGUCUAAGUGCGCAACGACAAGCUCGAAGUGUCAAUCGAAGGUCCAGCAAUUCCGUAUCCUCUUCCAACCCCUCCACGCUGACGGCUUCCUCUUCACUGAAUUUUGUCAUUUCUCCCACGUCCUGUUCAUCCGCUGCUGGUAUUAGACCUCUUUCUGCUGCUGCAUCUAGCUCUACUGUGGUUGCUACGGACUCCUCAACUGACGAUGAGUACUCUGAAGCUCCCAGCACUGAAAAUAGAACUCUUGUGGCUGCUCCACUUGUUGUCAAACUCCUGGAGUCGGUGAAGUUGAUGUAUGACAAAUCCGGGGGCUGCUCCUCACUCGCACUUCAGCAUCUUGAAUCUGGGUUGCGGAAUAUUUGUGGUCUGGGGUGUAUGCUUGCUGACCUCUUGAUUCCAUCGAUUACAUCAAUGGAGAGUAAUGUAGUGGAUGCAGUGGAUGUGUUUAAAAAAGAUCCGGAACUUAUUGCGCGUGUCAUUGGGUGA